AUGUUCGAUAUGCGAUGGCAGACCUAUGCAAAAAUCAUACUAAAAUCGUAUUACAUAUCACACAAAAUUAACAGACGGAGGUUGGAGAGCAAAGCAAAGGCACGGGAAAUGAUGGAUAACGGGGAUAUUCAUGGGGCUCUGGAGACAUUCAAGAAGAGUCUCACUGUCACCAACGACAUGGCACGAGCCGUACACAAGAUGUGUCGAGAGAAAGGCGUGCAGUGUAUCAUCGCCCCAUACGAAGCCGACGCUCAAUUGGCGUACUUGUACAAGCGCAAGUACAUCACCACCGUCAUCACAGAAGACAGUGAUCUCAUUCCCUUCGGAGUUAACAGAAUUCUGACGAAAAUGGCAGAUAACGGCGACGGCUAUGAGUUCUGUGGCUCUCGACUGGUGGGCAAUCGAGGUAAGGGUACAAUUGCGAGUGCAGCCUUACAGACAGGGAAUCGCAAAAUAUUUGAAGAUCGAGUUGCGAGGAUGGACCUCGGGGCGUCUACUGGAGCUCUGUGUGAUGAGUGGCAUUUCGGCGAUCAAAACGCCCAUGGAGUGGCUACAGGUAUCCUGCACCCAAUCACGCUCGAGCGAUACACAAAGGAGGCAUGCAGCAUAACCAUCGCUGAUGAGGAAGACGUACAUGACAGAGAAAAAGUACCCAAAUCAGUUGAUGUGGCUGCAAAGGAGCUCCACAACCCGCUUACUAUUACUGUAGAAAACGUACUCGAUCGAGAAAACGUACCCGAUUCGGUCAAUGUACCAUCCGUAGAAAGCCAAAAACGGUUCAUAGACUGCGAUCUGCUUCCCUCGCGCAAACGGCCUGCCUCAGCUUUCACCACCACUAAGCGAUUGAGUCUGGACUUGACGUGAAGAGAAAACGUACACAUACACAUUCACAUACAAAUGCAUAUAUACACACACAUACACAUACGUAUACACAUACACAAACACAUACACACACAUAUACAUAUACAUAUACAUAUACACACAUGGUCUGCAAUCU